AUGGCGUCCACAUCAACGCCCCAACAGGGCGACUACCGUGUCGGCCUCGUUCGUCCUCCAAAGGACAUGCGUCCUCAGACCGAGGACGUCACUGCCACCCAAGGGUCUUCCUUUGACGACUUUGGCCUGAGCCGCGAGCUGCUCAUGGGCAUUUGGGAGGCUGGCUUUGAGAGGCCAUCUCCUAUUCAGGAGGAGGCAAUCCCCAUGGCCAUAACCGGCCGUGACAUUCUUGCGCGUGCCAAGAAUGGAACGGGCAAGACUGGGUCGUUCGUCAUCCCCACCCUCAACCGCGUCAACCCCAGCAUCAACCACAUCCAGGCCGUCAUUCUCGUCCCCACUCGUGAGCUCGCGCUCCAAACAUCACAGGUGUGCAAGACCCUUGGCGCGCACAUUCCCGGUCUCCAGGUCAUGGUCACCACUGGCGGCACCACAUUGCGAGACGACAUUCUCCGUCUCCAGGAGCCCGUCCACAUCCUCGUCGGUACCCCCGGCCGUAUUCUCGACCUCGGCGGCAAGCGCAUCGCCGACCUGAGCCGGUCCGGCAUCUUCGUCAUGGACGAGGCCGACAAGCUCCUUUCCGAGGAGUUCACCCCCGUGGUCGAGCAGCUGCUCGCCCUCUGCCCCCAGGAGAGGCAGGUCAUGCUCUUCUCCGCCACCUUCCCUGUCCACGUCAAGGACUUCCGCAACCGCAACAUGGUCCAGCCCUACGAGAUCAACCUCAUGGACGAGCUCACUCUCAAGGGUGUGACCCAAUACUACGCCUAUGUCGAGGAGAGGCAAAAGGUGCACUGUCUCAACACUCUCUUCUCCAAGCUCCAGAUCAACCAGUCUAUCAUUUUCUGCAACUCCACCAACCGUGUCGAGCUCCUCGCCAAGAAGAUCACCGAGCUUGGCUACUCGUGUUUCUACUCCCAUGCCAAGAUGCUCCAGUCCCACCGUAACCGUGUCUUCCACGACUUCCGCCAGGGUAUGACCCGUAACCUUGUGUGCUCUGAUCUCCUUACCCGUGGUAUCGACAUCCAGGCGGUCAACGUGGUCAUCAACUUUGACUUCCCCCGCACCGCCGAGUCGUAUCUCCAUCGCAUUGGUCGUUCGGGCCGUUUCGGCCACCUGGGUCUCGCCAUUUCGCUCCUCACCUACGAGGACCGCCAGAACCUGUACCGUAUCGAGACCGAGCUCGGUACUGAGAUCCAGCCCAUCCCCGCCGUCAUCGACCCCGUCCUCUACGUCGCCCCCGCGGCCAUCGAGGAGCCCGCUCCCCCAGCCCGCUCCGCCCCCGUUUCCCGCCCCCCUCAGCAGCAGCAGCAGCAGCAGCAAGCCCCCGCACCGGCUCAGCCUGCCCCGAACGCUCCUGUGCAUGCCCCCAUUGCCCAGCCCGCCGCCCACCCGCCACCUGCCGUCCUUGCCGCUCAGCAGCAGCAGCAGCAGGGCUCGGGCUCUGCCACUCCGCAGGAUGGCCAGGCCCGUUCGCAGAACAACUCGCGCCCCAACAGCAGCAACCGCACUCGCGGCGGCCAGCCUCGUCGUGAGGGUGGUGUCGGUGGCCAAGGUGGCCAGCAGCAGCGUCGUGGAGGUGCGAACGGCGGCGGCAACCGCGGUGGUCGCCAGCAGGGUCAACAGCAGCCCGGCGGUACGGGCACCGCCCCUGCUGCGCCGACUGCGGCUGCUCGUGCGGCCUAG